AUGCAAACAAAGCACUAGAACGAGCAUUGGAGCCGUUUCAGAGACAAAUUCCCUUCUAGAAGUACCUACUACUACUAAUAUGACAUUAACGAAUACGAAUAAUCCACCCGAUGGAAUUCGAGUUGUUUACGUACGUCAUUUUAAAAACCUUCGAUUUAUUUUAGAGGGAGGACAACGAUUUAAAAACACCCAUUUGAUUGGCCACCAUGACAGCUGCUUCUGCAGUCUUCUUUGUUUUUGUUGGUUGUUGUACAAACGUUAUCUUUCUAGAACUUCUAGUUAAGGAUGAGCCUGGAAGUGGAAAUAUCAUCACAUGUGCGCAGUUCAUUUUUAUUGCCAUAGAAGGGCUUAUAUUCACAGCAGAAUUUGGCAAGAAGAAAAAUAUAAUCCCAAUCAAAGACUACCUUGUAUUAGUUGUGAUGUUUUUCAUUGUAAAUGUGAGCAACAACCUAGCAUUCAGCUUCAAAAUCUCCAUGCCUUUACACAUGAUCUUCCGUAGUGGUGGACUGAUUGCCAAUAUGAUUAUGGCUAUCAUUGUAUUAAAGCGUAGUUACACCUUCACCAAGUACCUGUCUGUAGCCAUGAUUACCCUUGGGACUGCGAUCUGCACCUUUGCUUCUGCUGAGAGCAUGGAUGGCACAGGUGAUGAGAGUAAAGGAAGCGAAGGAGUGUCUAAUUUUGCGACCUGGUUGACGGGCAUUGCUCUUUUAACCUUUGCCCUCUUCAUGUCUGCUCGCAUGGGUAUAUUUCAAGAGUGCCUCUAUUCCAAGCAUGGCAAGCAUUCUCGUGAGGCAUUGUUUUACAUCCACCUUUUGUCACUACCCGGCUUUCUUUUGACUGGGAGGAGUAUCUUUGAGCAUGCUGCUAAGUACAGUCAAUCAGAACCGUUACCUGUGCUGGACAGCAUGCCAUUACUAGCGGGUAUACCUCGACUGUGGAUUUACCUUGUUGGCAACAUGCUAACACAAUACGUCUGCAUCAGCUCAGUGUUCAAGCUGACCUCAGAAUGCACCUCUCUAACAGUCACACUGGUUCUCACCCUGAGAAAGUUUCUCUCCUUGAUUUUCUCUAUAAUUUAUUUUCAGAAUCCAUUUACGAUGAGCCACUGGGUUGGUACGUUUCUAGUUUUUAGCGGUACAUUUUUGUUCACUGAUGUUUAUGGGAAACUUCAGGACUCUCUAACGAAACCUUCAGGAAAGGAAGAUUAAGCCGUAACUGAAGUUAGACGUUGUUUUAUGAAUCUCGACGUUGGUGCUACACUGGACACAUCUAAGUCAGCAAUCUUCAAGACAAACCCUCUUGAUUUGCUGAAUUUGAGCAGCAGUCAAGAAGUGUGAUGACAUUUGUUGAAUGUUUGGUGUAUUCGUGUGUGCAAAGGAUAUGUUUACAGCGUUUUAUGAUACAAGUAUACAUUUUACAUGAUUGGCAUUAUCAGUUUAAAUAUUAUUUUGUUUCCAUAUUACAUCAUUAUGUGAUACCUGUAUAUGCAUUAAUCAUUUGUGUUUGUUUUGUUGAAUUACCGUGUUGAUCACGGUAUGUGUUGGAAACACUUAUUUUGCUAGUUUAUUAGCUACAUUUUGCUAUUUUCAUUAUGUUGACAUCCUGCAAUGCAGUGGAUUUAGACAGGCAGUAGUGCUACAUGACAUAUAUGACAUCCUAUCUUAAAGCAGUGGGCUUUCAUAUUUACUGUGAGAUUUAAUAGAUUUCUUAUUUUAAACUUGAAACAUUUGAUCUGGUUGUGAAGUUAUGUGCUGAGGUUUUAACAAAUUUCCUAUUUUAGACUUGAAAUAUUAGAUGUGGUUGUUAAGUUGUGAAAUCAAGAUACCGGAAACCUCUCAAAAUGAUACAUCUUAACCUUUUAGAAUCUAAUCAGCUAACCAAUACGUAGAGAACAGAAUAAGAUUAAAUUUAAGUCAGUUGUAAGAAAUGAAUAGCCAAUAUUUUUUCCAGUUCAUGAGGAAAAACAUUAGCUCGGUCUCUGGUGAUGCACCUUACAUUGUUAGCCCAUCAGCAAGAUCUUAGGAAUUUUCCUCCACAUGCAAGUAAUUGGUUACCUUUUAAUGUAAAAGUAUGUUUUAUAAGCUUUUAAAUAACAUAUACAUACUGUACAAGCAUUAGGAAUAUUCUGUUGAUUUACCUGUCUUAGUCAGUUUUAUGUUUACCUUAAAUGUUCACAAGGAUAUACUUGAAUCUGGGCUUGCCUUCUUGGUAAAUCAUAUAUAUAACUGUAAAUUUGCUUUUAGUAAACUUGCUGAUUAAUAAACUAAAAACCAAAAUCUUAAUCAUGCUAAGACCAGAAGAAUUGCAUCUUGGAAAAAACUUUUUGCAACUUCCUACUUAGUCUUUCAAGUCAUUUGUACAUAUAAGUCCCAUCCAUUUAUGGAUUCUGACAAUUCAUGCCGAGUUUAAUUAACAGUUCAUGUAGAUGCAAGGCUUUUUUAGAACAAAAAUAUGUAGCUCAUUUAUAUUAUACUGUGAGGUUAGAAGGUUUCUUGGAUGAUAAAGAGACUUUAUAAUCUUGUUUUCAUGGAUUUGGCACUCUCAGCGCAUGGUCAAUAAAACUAUUUUCAAAUUCAGAUUAAUAAUGAAUUGCAUAUGUGAAAUAUGACGCUUAUUAUCUGCCUCUACCCUGGAAUUUCAAUAUUUAAAUCUCAUAUUAAAUAUUAGGGUAGAGCAUUCACAACACUUAAUCCCUGUCAAGAAUACAACUAACCUAAAAAUAGCAAAAUGUACUUUUCCACUGGUUUAUGUUUUUUCUAUUUAUUGUUGGAAUUUAGUCUGUGAUGACGUAUGUUUGCAUAAACAGUGUACUUGAAAGAAAUUAAGUUGAAGUCGCAUGGAAUGAUGCGAGUUUUUUUUAUUUUAUUUUAUGCUUUUAUGGCAUGUAAUAUUUGAUAUUAAUUCCAAACAGUAUUGUGAUUAAUAGAGAUCAGUCUUACCUGUAAGUGGUAUUGUUAUUCUUUUUGUUUUCUUAUUUUGGCCAGAAGGUCUGACAAGUGCAGCAACACCUCAAACUAACAGACAUCACCUUACCAGACCAGUUACACUAUUAUGAUUUUUUUGCCCUGCUUCCAUUUCAAAUUUGGUACAGUUUAGAUAAAUCUCUUAAAUUGAAUGUAAAAGGUUAGUUUAGGGUAGGAGCUAAGUGGAAUUGUUGUUAGCUGUAAGGUUAUGUAGAAAAUUAUACAGGAUCUUGUUAAGUUGAGGUGCUACUGUAUUCAAACAUUGCCCGAGUUGUACUUGUUAACGCAUUCCAUUAGAGUAUAUUCUAAGAUUCUUUAUAUGAUAAAAUGCCACAAUGGCUUCGUUAUUAAAAUACAGAAUUAACAGAACUCAAACUUAUUUUUGCCAAGUAUUGAUUCUAGACAUAAUUUUUUAUAAAAGAGAAAUUUAUGUAGAUUGACACAUUAAGUAUAAUGGGUCACAGAAUCCAAAGAAGGCUAGGAGUUGUUGUGAGUGAUUGAUUUUAAAAUGCUAAGGAUGAAAAUAUAUUAACAUAUUUUGCCUUCCAUUUUGCAUUCAAAACUGUUGGUUUGUUAAACAGGAGAUAAUUAGAGCUGAUUUAUGAACAUACUAUAGGAAUAUUUAAAUUUUCCUGUUAUUCAUGAUUCAGAAUUUUAUUUUUGAAGUUGAACUUUUGCCUUUUGUAUUACGGUACUUAUGUGAUAUGCCCCAGGCAAAAUCCUGAUUUCUUCAUUAGGAAUAUUUUUAACUUUGGUUUACUGUAUAUGCAGUAUGUCCUUCAUUUCAUCUUUUUAUAGAUAUAACUCAAGAGAAGUGUAACAUUUAAACAUCUUGAAAUGAAUUUCUUUCCUGAAAUGAUGGCUUUGGUGAAUACAGUCGAGCCCCAGUAUUCGUUGGGGAUGUGUACCACAAUCCCCUGAAAAUAGCUGAAAUCUGCAAAUACAGGCAGUCCCCGGGUUACGACGGGGGUUCCAUUCUUGAGACGCGUCAUAAGCCGAAAAUCGUCGUUAGCCGGAACAUCGUCAAAAAUCCUAAGAAAACCUUACUUUUAAUGCUUUGGCUACAUUGUAUACUAUGUAAACUGCAUUCUUAUUGCAUUUUUCAUCAAAAAAAACCUUCAAAUAUAGAUUAUUUUGCAUUUUUGGUGUCAUAUUUCGUAUGCCAGAUCAGUGUUGUAGGCGUCGUAACCCUGGAACAUGCGUCGUAACCCUGGAAAUAAUUUCUGAUGAAUAUAAUUCAAAAGCGCCUUAACAUUGGAACAUAUUAAGCCGAACCCGUCGUAACUCUGCCUGUACUUGAAACCCUUCUAAAAAUGCUUAUAACUGUGUAUUUUGAUAGUUCAAACACCAAAAAAACCCUCUUAAAAACACAUACUUGAGUAUUUUAAUAGUUUCAUCACAAAAAAUGCAUUUAGUCACGAAAAUAUAAAAAUACCCUUAAUUUAUUUGCAACCAUGUUAUUCAUUAUGUAUGUAUUAUGUGAGGGCUAAUGGGUUCCAUGUGGACAGACUGCUGUUUCACUCGUUACAAGCCGCCACCUGGCAGCAUGCAUGACCAUUCGUGAAGAUGUAAAAGGUUAUGUAUAAAUUAACAACAUUCUAUUCUUUGUUCCAGCCUUGUUAGAAUUACCAUUUCACCUAGUUUUGUUUAACUUUAUUGUCUCAAUCAUUUCAUUUGUGCUUUGAUUAUACCUCAAUUUUGUUGUUAUAGAUAUCUAACAUUCCAUUUAGGUUACCAACUCAAAUGAAGACACUUCCUUCAUGUUCAUCUCCAUUUUCCCAGAAAUACCUUCAAGUUAAUUCUGUUGGUUUUGCAAGAGCCCAUGCCUGUUUAUCAUUCUUAAGGUGCGUCCACACGGUCGAACAAUGUCCGACGGACAAACAUUGUUACCAUAUCAUAGGUGAAGCAGGAUGACGUCAUAAGCGUUGAAACGAUGGAAGUAGAUCUGGCAACAAACAGUGGUACCAGAUGAGGCUGUAUACCACUGCUUUUACUCUGCUCACAAGGCAAAGACUGUCACACAAUUGUUAAUUGGUAACAAUGUUUGUCCGUCGGACAUUGUUCGACCAUGUGGACGCAGCUUUAGACUAUUGUCAUUCAUUGGAUGACUCACUUUUGGUACUAAGUGUAAGUUGUGACAUAAACCAUUUAUUUUUACCCAAAUAUUUAGCAAAGGGCGUAUGGUGGUAUUUUUUAGGUAACCAUGGUGGACUUUUUACUAUUUAUCACCCAUAAGUAACCAAGAUAUUUCCAUUGUAGAAGCCUAAGCAACAUAGUAUAUAUAAAGUACAAAUGCAUACAAGCUUCUUCCUACUCCAGUCGGAAUUAACAGGGCAGCUGUACAGUAUUUUAAACAGUAUCUGAAAUUUCAGAUCCAGCAAAUACGCAAAAGGUACAUAUAGUUUCCUUGAAAUAUUUCAUUUAAAAAUCUCUACAUUCUUAGGAGAAUUUAAAAUUCUCAUAUGUCUCUAGGUACAUUUCAGAAAAUGAAAUAGUUUGCAUUUGUCUUGUAAAUUUAUGAUAAUUUCCAAUGAAAAUAUUAAGAUCAACAAUUAUAAGAAAGCUUUAAUAAAAGAUAUUACCAUUGUACUGUACCAAUCUUAUGUGUGUGUAAUCAGUAUAUAAUUUGUAUUACUGGCAAUAUUAAUUAAAUGUGAUUUUAUGAUCUUUGAUAUUUGGGAUGCAAAAGGGUCUCCCUCAAAGUUUUGCAACCCUUCACCAAACCCAGGAGUCUCAUGUGGUCACAAAGGUCAGUUGGUCGCACCUUUGCCAUUCAUUCACAAGUCCUGGGUUUGAUUUUGACGUGAGACAAAUGUAUUUUAUCACAUAUUAAAAUUUCCUGUAUUUAUUGAUAAUUUAUUAAGAUUUUUCAUUUAGGAUUAUUUAUUUGCAAAAAUGGUUAACAUUUUAGUCCUCUCCUUUUUCACUGAAAUUGUGCAACUGUAGAAAAAUUCUUUUGUAAUUAGUGUAUUUUAUUUAAUACGUAGUUGAUUUUAGGUGUACUGAAGUACAUCUAAAAGUAAUGAAAGCAAAGUAAUAUUCUAAUUUUAUAAAUUGUGUGAAUAAUUAACGCACUGGCCUUUGAAAUUUUGUGUGAUGAUACAGAAUGCAAACCAUUCCCAUCAAUUAUUAGAGGUAUCUACUUCAGUACAUGGAGGACUGACUGACCAAGAAUUGCCAGGAUGAAAAUCUUGCUAUUUUGCUCCUGUCAGAGGUCCAUAGAUGGCUGAAUUUGAGGGCUUUCUUCAGUCAAUUCGUGUUUUCCUCUAACCUUUUCAGUGUUUUUACAAACUGCCCAUGUUUUGAUUUCAUGACCUUUAGCAUGUUCUCAUGACUGCUACAUCUCUUUCUGAAGAGAUCUUUCAUCUCCCUCCUUCCCCAUUUUCAGACCUUGGACGAGGUAUGGUUGUGGUUUUUUUUGUAUGGUGUUUUUACAUUGCAUGGAAUCAGUGUGCAUGGAAUCAGUGGUAUGGUUGUGGUUUGCCAGAUUAUAUUCAGAUAUACAGUACAUUGUAGUUGCAAGUUUUCUUGCCGAUUGUUUUGGUUGUAAGUCAUCAAUGACCCAAGCCAUUCUGUUUCUUGAGAUUCAUGCUCAAUACUAUAUUGUUUAGCUUGGUCAUUAACAGGUUUUAAUUUCCAAGAGAUUACAACUUAAAUGAAAUCUCUUCAAGAUCUGUCACUCGUUGACAGGUCUUCGCCCAGUUUUUUGUUUACAAAACAUUUUGGGGAACUAUCAUUUAUUGAUAACUUCUAGCAGUCCAGGGUUGGGUUUUCUUUUUCCUCAGACUGUUCCACAAGCAUAGGUUGCCAGAGUUUCUGAACAGUGUCAGGGAUUCUUUUGCCAUAUAUUUAUCUAGUAUUCUAACUGGAAAGCUUUUUGUCAAGAGGAUGACUGCUUUCAUUGAAGUUUUUGUGUAUCAAAUUUAGACAGCAGCCAUUUAUGCUGUGUUCAAGUACAACCUUCCGAGAAGCAUCUCCCUCUUGUACCUUUAUGCUUCGUUUGGCUUUAUGGUUGCUGCAGCUGAGUUAGUCUGCAUUAUUAUUAUUGUUAUUAUAUUAUAAGUAAUAGACCAUCUCUUAAUCAUGUUGUGUUGAAAAAGUUUACAUCUCAGUUGUAUAUAUAAUGCUUUUCUUUUCUAUGUUAGAACAUAUUGGAUAGUUGGCCAGUUUUCAUACUAUGGAAGGGAGAAUACAUCAGCAGCAUGUGUGCAGUAGGUUUUUAUAUAAUAUACAACAGAGACGGUAACGAAAUACAGUGGGUAAUCCUGUAGUUUCCAUGAGUUUGGAUUCAUGUAUCGUAGUGCAGGUAUUCCUUUCCGUGUUUUUUCGUCGCCAAUGUUUUUACUAGUCCAUAGAUGUUUUUCUAGAAAGGAGAAAUGAAAAUUAGAGACAGGGUAUGGGUUGUGGUAUACAUAGGAGGCCAGCAUUCCAGGCAAGAGCAGUGCCAAAUUGUGGUUGGUUGCCAUGUGAUUAUUGUGCCUGAGCAAAGCCUUCCUCCAGACACUGAUGGUUUCCUCUUUCAUACUGUGUGAAUAUUGGAGAAAGGGGGUUGGGGGAGAUUGUACUAUGAGGGCUGCUGCCAGAGGAUGGAGGCUCCUGAUUGGUUUGCUUGCCAGGGAUGCUUGUGGGUGGCAGCCUUCAUGCUGUUGUCAGAAGGAAGGAAGUCUCUAAAUGUGUAGGGCUUCCAGGAAGUAUAGGGAGCAGUAGUUGGUCACCAAUAACAUACAUGGUCAGGAUGGUGUUAAGCUGCUAAUUGAACUGCUAAGUCAGGUUUGAGAUUUGGCUGACAAUAGGGUGCAGGGUUGCCCUGCUACUGUGUUUUCAUGUUCCCAUAUAUUUGGCCAAGAUCAUAAUUACCCACAAUCGCUAGCAGGUGGAGAGCAUUAAAAGGAAGUGUUAACUGUUUUGGUCGAUCAGUUUAACAAAAGCUUGUGUUGUCUGACAUAUAGCUUCUGUGCCGUUGAGAACAUGGCAGCAGUCUUAUUUGCCUGUGGAUGGUGAUAUCCUCAUGUUCUCAUAGUUCAGUGCCCAAUUUUCCCUGGUGCCAGUCGACAAUGUCACUUAUAUAGUUGCCACGUUUGGCCAGGAGGGAGGGUGAUGGAGGUCAUCAGUCAAGCACAGGGCAACUUUAUCUUCACACCUGUGACUAGUAUCCAACUGGCAUUGUAUUUUAAAGAAUUCCUCCUACAGCCUCGGUUGGGUGGCAGUUAAGGCCAAUAAGUAAAAUUCUCUUCUUCAGUAUAUAUUGGGUAAGAUUAAUAAUCUCUUUUCUCCUCUGGGGAAACUACAAUUUUCAUGUUACAAUGAUAAUUUUUUUGGUUAUCAUCCUUGUAUCCUUUUCUCCAUCUUUCUCCUCCAUGCGACGUAGACACUCGCUGAUGUCACUGAGGAGCCUUUUCCUUGGAGGGGAUCAUUGGUAACUUGGCUGCUUCAUAUAAUGCAACCACACAUCAUCAGUGACUUUUUCUGAAAUCCAUAGGAAAAAAAAAUCAUACAUAAAAUAUGAGAAGAGAGCUUCAGCAUGAUAAAUUCAUGUUUCAUAGAUACAAAAAAUGUGCCUAUCAAGGUUUUUUCUCCCCCCUCCCCUUUGUCAAGAUCCAAAUAAAUUAAUUUGAAUUCAAAAAUACAAAAAAUUUACCAAUCUGGAUCUUCCCCAACUCCCUUUGUCAAGCUGCAAAUAAAUUAAUUUCAAUGCAAAACUUACAACUAAGGAAAUAUGAUUAUCAUCAUCAAGGGAUUUUAUUCUCUGCUUAAAAGGCCUCUGAAACCUUCCCUUUCUGGAACUGCAGGAUUCUCAAAUGAUUAAAUUCUUUAUUGGUCAUUUCUUCAUGUACGGAAAUGUAUUACAUAUUUAGCGUUAAUACAGAAAUGUGUUAUUUAGUGUUAAAAGAUUUUUUUUUUUUAUAAAAUUAUUUGGAGUUUAAAGGGUAUUAUAUAUUACUUGUUUUCAGAUUGAAAUAUACACGUACUGUAUUCAAAUUCUUGAAUAAUCCAUGACAGUGAUAUAUAUUUUUCCAAAGUUUUGUAUAUCCAUUCCAGGUAACUGACUUAUAUAUAUAUACUUUAGAUAAUUUUCCUAAUUGUUAUUGAAGUUUAACAAUUGCAGGACCAUUUGUAACCAUAGCAUUUACUGUAUAUAAAACAAUUAAUUGUUGACUGAAGCACUGAUAAAGAUGUAUUCUAAAAAUUCAGUAUAGAACAAUUUGUAAGAAUGGAGUAUAUUUGAAUAUAAUUUACAAACUUGA